UAACAAGUUUGCCGUGCACGGCGUACGCGCAGUUCGCUAGUCAAUUUCGUAAUAGAAACACGGCGACUGUAUUAAAUUUAAAGCCGAUGAUCGAAGUGUUUAAAAAUGUUAAAUAAGAUAUUUUCUAAUCCAAUUAUAAGGCAAUAUGCUGUUGUGAUCACGGUCAAUCUCAGCGUGCUAUGCUCUGGUAUUGGCUUGGCCUGGCCUUCCCCAGUGCUGGUGAAGCUCAACAAUGCCACAGAGACAGUACUCCCGAGGGUCAUCACGGCUGUGGAGGGAUCCUGGAUCGUCUCCAUCGGUUUCUUGACUGGAAUUGUAGCAAACCUGAUCAUAGGAACGGUCCUAAUAGACCGGUUUGGCAGAAAACCGUUCCUGAUCUUCAUGUGUCUGCCUAAGUUUGUGACUGGCUUCCUCUACAUAUACGCAACAGAAGUCUGGAUGUUGCUACUAGGCAGAGCUCUGGUGGGCAUAGCUGAUGCUGGCAUCUUUACCAUACUGCCCAUGUAUGCUUCAGAAAUUGCUAGCAAAGAAAUCCGCGGCAGUUUGGGCACUAUCCUCCAAAUCAUGUGCUCGUUUGGUGUGGUCACCAUGCUGUCCAUGGGACCCUUCAUAUCCUACACGACGCUGAACAUGAUCUACACCGGGUUCAUCAUAUGUACCACAUUGCCGUUGCUGUUACUACCUGAUGGACCCUAUUCUUUGUAUUCUAGAGGUCAUAAAACAGAAGCACUAAAGGUCUUAACAUUCCUCAGGUGUUCAGAAGUACAAGCCAAAGAAGAAUUAGCAGAAUUUGAAAAAGCUGACGAAAUGAACACGGAUAGUGUUUCCAAAAAAGACAUUAUCAAAAACCGAUUGUUUUUGAAAUCAUUGACCUUAGUCCUGAUUUUGGGUUUGGGGUCCCAGUUUGUGGGUUUCAAUGCGGUUUCGUUUUACCUUCAGACGGUUUUGGAAUCUACGCAGACCUCAGUUAGGCCUGAAGUAGCUUCUGUGACUAUUGGUCUGAUUCAGCUCUUUGCUAGUUUUUGUACUACACUGGUUACUGAUAGAUUUGGAAGGAAGUCUAUUUUGUCUGUCACAUGUGUUGGCAUGGGAUUGGGGAUGCUUGGCUUGGGGUUGUUCUUCAAGCUGAAAGAAAACGGAGCAGUGGAUGGUUUUAUGAACUACGUGCCACUAAUAUCAUUGAUUCUAGUCGUAUUCUGUUACAGUGCAGGAAUCGGUUCUCUAAUGUGGGUAUUAAACGCAGAACUCUUCGACGGACCGUCCAGAGGACUUGGGAUGUCCAUCUCCCUAAUAGCAACAACCUUGUUUGUAUUUUUAACGACAAAAUAUUUUGCUAUAGUAUCCCUUUCUAUAGGACCAGCAGUAACUUAUUGGAUAUUUAGUGUUAAUUGUAUAUUGUUAUGCGUUUUCAUAAUGUUUUGUAUCCCCGAAACAAAGGGUAAAAGUUUUGCUGAGAUUCAAGACAUUUUGAGAGGGAAGACAUGUGAGGAUACUAAAUGCUAGUUUAGUUUUUAUGUUAGUUAGAUUAAGAUUGUUUUUGCUAAUGACGGUCUAUGUUUUAAUAUUUAUUGACAAAAAGUGAGGCGCAUAUUGCGUUCUGACCAAGAACUAGUAUAUUGUUGUACGUAGGAUAUUACAUUGAUUAUGAUAGAAAUGAGCGUACACGGAGGAAUUCGCCGACGCCACGCCGACGUCUCGCCGACGCCACGCGGGAGGCGCGCCGGAAGCACGCGGGCGCCUCGACAACACCUCGAGUGGACCGCGCGCUGACCACCCGCCGUCUGCUUUUGUAUUGACGUUAUGAAAUGUAUCAUACGACAUACGAUUUAAAGUUCAUAUUUAAAUGACAAACUUAAUGGCUGGGUUGGUGUCGUGCUUUUUAAAUGUGGGUCCUUUAUCCCUAAGGUAAAGUAGGCAAGUGGUAGAGGCGCCGCGAGACGCGCGGCUCGUGCGAAGUUGCCCAUAGAGCGACAGUGGCGCCAAAAUAAAUUAGAGGUGCCUAUGAGACGCUCGCUUUGGGCUCUCACUAGAUUUAGAGCUCGGACACGGGACACGAAAACACGCAAAAAUGUGCGAGCUCCCUCUACGCAUCGCAAGAACUUGCGGAAUGAUUCGCAUCGCGCAUCAAAAUCUCAUCUUCCUAAAAUCUUCUUUCAUUCUUUUUUCUGUAUCUCCUAAGCAAUUAUACAAGCGCACACUUCGUUUUACGAUCCAUAUCAUGACCUAGUUUUCAAUUUAGUUAUACGUUAAGUACAGUUGACGGUCGUCGAAGGAAUGGUCACCUUGGGAGACUUGUGAGUAUUGUCGCACGAAAUCGCAUUGCUGUUUUGUGAACGAACCCUUAAUCUGCCCCUGAGCAUACUCCUUUUCGGAAGGCCAGCAACGCACUAGUGACUUUGAUAUUGUUGGUAUCCAUAGGUAACGCUGAUCGCCAUCAAGUCAUCCAUCGUCUGCUCGUUUGUCAAAAAGGUAUUGGUUAGUUUUGAUUCGUCACAACGCGGUUUUGUACCCUUAUAAGUUUAUUUAUUAUAUGUUAAUUAUUACAAGUUGGACCUACCGUCAGUCUUAAAAUAAUGUAAUCUCAUUUUAUGUUUUAAGAGUGUGAUACCUCUGUAGUAUUUAUUUAUUUAUACUGGAAUACUGUUAGAUAAUUAUGUGUUGAGUGGUUGCAACCAUGACUACCAAACUAGGGAUCACGGGUCACAUAAUGUCAAAACAUGACUGUUUUAGUAUUAUGGACAAAGUAUGACUGUAUUUCUUAAUGUGUAAGUUAAAAUAAAGUUGUUAUAAAACUGUGAU